AUGGCAAGACACCCCGUCCCAACAGCGAACUGCGCCAGACCAACUGUUCAGAACGCGAGCUCCGUACAGUCACACCCCUCCCGUCCGGCCCAUCACUUGCCAUUCUUGUCACCGUGCCCGGUGCCCGGCGCCGACAGCCACCAGCCCGCGACGGCAUGGUUUGCCGCGCAGCCCAGGACGACCAUGGGCGCCAAGAUAACGCCAACGUUCUCCGCGACAAGCGACGCGUGGCGCCACUCGUGUCUUGUGUUCCCGAGGAUCGUGCAGAUCAGCGAUACAUCCAGGAGGAGCCAGACGAGGCAACGGAAACUUUCCAGCGGGUUGCUCGGCGACGCGGGUCGCGUAGAAGAGGUUUCAGGAGAGGUUCAGGGCGAGAGCGAGGAGGGGCAUGCCUCAGGACUUUGUGGCGUGGGAGCGGAUGAACAUGAGGGCAUAGCACAUGUCGCAGAAGACGGCGCCUGA